AUGGAGAACAUGGCGGAGGAGGCGGCGCCGCUGCAACUGGCCGAAGCGCAAUUUGAACCCGAGCUGGAGCCCGAACCUGAGCCCGACCAGGCGGCCCGGGGGGCUGCUGCGGAGAGCAAUGGCCUAAUUAGUCCAAUAAAAUUAAGCAACAGCAAUUAUGAUGAAGAUGUAUCUGAAAUGGAAUUGAAGACUGAUGAGAAAGAAGCAGAACAGGAAACCCAGAAAGAGCCUUAUAGCAUCUUGGCCUCAUCUGAUUUAUCAAGAGAAAAACACAUCUCAAUUCAAAGGCAGCUGAUUGAUCUAGAGAAAUUAGCUUACAUGAGUGAAGGUGAAUCUGCCUCUGUUAUGUCCUCAUCAAACACAGACCAACUUGAUGCAGCUGGCAAAAAGCUUUGUCCAUUAUGCCCUGAGGAAAAAUUCAAAGCUUGUUAUAGCCAUAAACUUCAUCGUCACCUUCAGAAUUUACAUUGGAAAGUUUCUGUUGAAUUUGAAGGUUACCGAAUGUGCAUCUGUCACUUACCUUGUCGACCAGUGAAACCAAACCUUAUUGGAGACCAGACAUCUAGUAAGAUGGGAGCCCAUUAUCAUUGUAUCAUUUGUUCAGCAACCAUCACACGUAGAACUGAUAUGAUAGGACACAUUAAACGCCAUGUGAACAAAGGAGAAACUGAAUCCAGGUAUAUUGCAGCCUCUGCUGCUAAGCCACCCCGUGAAGUAUUGAAAGAAGCAGAUACAGACAUUCAAGUUCUUCCUAAUUAUUCUACACCUCAGAAAACAGAUUCCUAUUUUAAUCCAAAAAUGAAACUAAACAGGCAACUGAUAUUCUCUACACUGGCUGUAUUGGCCGAAGAACGAAAGCCUUUGGAAUGUUUGGAUGCUUUUGGGGCCACUGGCAUAAUGGGAUUGCAGUGGGCCAAACACCUUGGGAAUUCAGUAAAGGUUACUAUUAAUGAUUUUAAUGAAAAUUCUGUGACGAUGAUUCAGGAAAAUUGCCAUUUAAACAAAAUGAAAGUGAUGUUGGACAGUAAAGAAGAGGAUGAGUGUGACGAAACUCUUGAAGAAGGAGAGGAAAAUGUUGGUGCUAUUGAAGUGACCAAAAUGGAUGCCAACGUACUAAUGCACUUGAGAUCAUUUGAUUUUAUACACUUGGACCCUUUUGGAACAUCAGUCAACUAUCUAGAUUCUGCCUUCAGAAAUGUUAGGAAUCUUGGAAUUGUAUCUGUAACUUCAACAGACAUCAGUUCUUUAUAUGCAAAGGCUUUGCAUGUGGCCCGGCGUCAUUAUGGUUGUAACAUUGUCCGAACUGAAUACUACAAGGAACUAGCCGCCAGGAUUGUUGUGGCUGCAGUGGCAAGAGCCGCAACUCGUUGUAAUAAAGGUAUAGAAGUGUUGUUUGCAGUAGCCCUGGAACAUUUUGUCCUUGUGGUUGUGAGAGUGUUGAGGGGUCCUACCCCAGCUGACGAAACAGCAAAGAAAAUUCGAUAUCUGAUCCACUGUCAGUGGUGUGAAGAGAGGAUUUUUCAGAAGGAUGGUAAUAUGGUGGAAGAAAACCCUUAUAGACAACUGCCGUGUGACUGCCAUGGAAGCAUGCCUGGAAAGACAGCAAUAGAACUUGGUCCUUUAUGGUCAGGUUCCCUCUUUAAUACCGGCUUUCUCCGAAGAAUGCUAUUUGAAGCAGUUCAGCAUGGUUUAGACGACAUUCAGCCCCUAAUAAAGACUUUAAUCUGUGAAGCAGAGUGCACCACUCUAAAACAGUUUUCAAUUCAUGCACCUACAAGUCUCAAUAAGCAAGAGGAAUGUGGUGUAGUUAUUAAAACUCCAGAUACUGGAACAGAUUAUUAUGUUGUGCAUGGAAAGAGGAAAAGUAAUGAAAUAUGUAGAAAUGCCACCAAAAAACAAAAGGCGGAUGUUAACGCGGAGCACCCUCCCUUCUACUACAACAUCCACAGACACAGUAUCAAAGGAAUGAACAUGCCCAAGUUAAACAAGUUCCUGCAGUACCUUUCCCAAGCGGGCUUCCGUGUGAGCCGCACCCAUUUUGACCCCAUGGGUGUGCGGACCGACGCACCCCUGAGCCAAUUCAAGGCCAUCCUGGCCAAGUACAGCACGCCCACCUAUGGCGGGGCGCAGUCAGAGGGCCACGUGCCUUCAGCAGCUGACGAGGCUGGGGCAGACUCCGUUCCCAUGGCCGUGGACGGUGAAGCGGAAGGGGCGGCUGGGCUGGACAGACCCGGGGAGGAGAGCUCAGCCCCAGAUGACCAGGCCAACACUUGGAGAGCGCCUGUUCUGUGAUCCCCGGAUGCGGCAAAUACAAAGGAGCGCGCCUGUUUUUAUAUGGAAACCUGGGCAGUUUCUACCUUUUUAAGUUGGUUGGGAGAGCUAUGCUUUGAAACUUUCUUAUUCUAAAGGAGACAGUUUCAGAAUUUUACAGAUGUUUCAUGAUGCAGAUUGUGUGGUACUGCCAUGACCCCCGGCUACUUUGCCGGUGGCUUAAAAUACACUGGAUUGCUUGUUACCCCAGUCUAUUCACGUUUGUGGUCAACAAACCUUUUAUAGGGCGGAUGGAGGGAACCCCAAGCCUGGACGCAUGACCCUGACCCAGAGCUUACAGGCAUUCCUUCUGGGCCUACAGUGGAGGAGCUCAAAUACGGGCCCUGCUCCUGGGCCUAUCACUCACUGGCCAGUCAGACGGCUUCUUUGUGCCAAAGGCAGAAAUGACAGGCAUUUUAUGAGGGAGAGGG